AUGAUCACCAAAAGAAGAUUAUCUGUUGGAUUUGCACUAAAAGAUAGUAAUAAUAAUAAUACAAAGAGUGGUGCAAACAAUAUAGAAUUAGAUAAUGAAGAUUUUGAAGAUGAAGAUACUGAUAAAGUAGUUGUUAACAACAACAACAACAACAAAAAGAAACAAUCAUCAUCAUCAUCAACAACUGCUACUAAAAAGAAAGAUUAUUCAUCAGAGGAGGAAGAAGAUGAUGGUAAUAAUACAGAUGAAGAAGAAGACAACAUUGAAUCAUCCAACAAUAACAAUAACAUUAGAAAUGUUAAACAACAACUAUCAGCAAUACCAAAAUCAAAAAGAAAAUCAAUCCUUCCUCCUAGAACUAGUUCAUCUUUAACAAACAAUAAUAAUAAUAAUAAUAAUAAUAAUAUUAGUUUAAAUGGACCUCAAAUUCCAAGUACACCUUCAACAACCAAAUCAUUAUUAUCAAAUCAACAAAUCUCUGAAAUCUAUUCCAAUUGUAUUAAAUUAUCAACAGAGAAUAAAAUUAAUCAAAAGAAUACAUGGGGAUUAAAAUUGAUUGAUCACAUUGAUGAUGUAAUACAAAAUCAAACAAUCAAUAAUAGAGAUGGAGAAGAAGGAGAAACUAAUUUCCAAAAAGUUUCGGGUAUGUUGGAUGCUACGAUAAAGAUUUAUUCGUCGCGUGUCGAUUCUGUCAUGACUGAUACCUACAGGAUGUGGGGUGAGAUGACGAGAUCGAGAAAGGACAUGCCACCAAACGAAGAUGGAGAAGAUGGAGAGGGACAGAGCAAAGAUGAUCAGGAAGAAGAACUCGAUGAAGAAGGUAACCCAAUCGCCAAAACAAAAGACAAGAAGAAAAAGAAAAGUGGUGCAAGUACCCUCGAAUCAAACAUCAACAAUAUCAAUUGUAAAAAGUUUGAUGUUACUUUUAUGACUGAUCCAUUGUUUCACAAAACAUCGGCUGCAUUUGAUGCUGGUGGUGUUGCCGGUUUACUCAUGAACAAAUUGUCAGUCAAUAGUCAUUAUAAAAUCAUUUUUGAUAGUUCAGAUAGUCAUAAUCAACCACAAGAUAAUGGAUCAUUAAAAGAAGAAGAACAGGAAGUAGAAGAAAUGCCUAAUACCAAAAUAGUCAAUUUACAACCAUUCAACAAUAUAUUUUCAAUUAUCAAGAAAUUGAAUACACCUGCUCUCUGUCCACAAUUUAAUAGUUUUAUUCAAUUUAAACAUUUUGAUCAAGAUAUUAAUAAUAAUAAUAAUCAGAAUCAAAAUCAAAAUAAUGGUAUAAAAAAGAUUGAAACAAAGAUGACAGAAGAAGAAGAAUUGGCAGCAAUGUUGGAUAAUGAAAUGGCAGGUGGUGAAAUUGAUUUGGAUGCAGAAGAAAAGUUUGCUGUUGCUGCAGCCGCUCAAGAUGGUCAUUUUGAUGAUCAUUUUGAUCAUCUUGAUGAUGAUGAUAUAAAUGAUCAAAUUGGUGGUGGUGGUAUUGGUGGCGAUGACUUUGUACCAAAUGAUCCAAUAUUUUCAAAUCUCAAUCAAGAUUCAAUCAACAAGAUGGGUAUGGAUGACGACGAUGAAAAGAAAAAUGGUACCGAGUAUGGAGAGAUGGGUGUUGGUAUUGUAGAUGAUCAAGAUGACUGGGACGAUGUACUCGAAGGUCCCAUGAGAAAUCUAAAUGCUACCAAGAGUUGGAGGUUACGUUCUCGACCAAGUAUUGGUGGAAAUAAUAACAAUACAAACAACAACGCAAUAGAUGAUGGUGGUUUGGAGAGUGGUGGUACGGGAGAUAAAAAGAAAAAAACAACCAAAAAGAAAAAAUCAAAUACAUUUAUCGAUUUUGAUGCUCCACCUCCACCAAACUCAAUGUUUGAACCACCCAAAGGAAAGAAUUCGACCGUGUUGACUGACGCCAUGCUCAGAAAGGCUGGUGGGUCCACCACCACCAUGGCACCCGACAUUCAAUACGACAUUAAGCAACUAUGUAGACUAUUCAACAAACCAAAGUGGAUCAUCCCACCACUUAGUCGACGUGACGAGUUUUUAGCUUCACUUUACCCUCCAAACCAAAAAGAAAAAGAAAGAGAAAGAGAUAGAGAACAUCACAACGAGGAUGGAGAGGAUGGACAAGACAAUGUUGGUGGUGUAGAUGACGGUGAUGAAGAUGACUUUGACAAUGACCAGAUGGGAGGUGGGUUUGGAGGAGAGAGUGAUUUCCUCAGCUCGCAAAUGCUCAAUGACAAUACUAUCAAUGGGUCCGCUGACAAUGUUGGUGGAGUGUAUGAUGAUUUGGGAGACUGGGGUGACUCUAGUGGCGUUGGAAAUGGAAUUGGAGGUAGUGUCAGUGACAUGAUUGCCAACAAUGGUGUAUCAGCAACUGGUAUGUCAAUCGGUGCAUUUGGUGGUCAAUAUAGUUUAGAUCCAAACAACAACAACAAUACUAGACUUGCAAGUGGUAUCACUUAUGCCAGAGGUCCCAAAUCCAUCAAUGUUAAAUUCCUCAAACAAACGCUUUGGAAUUUAAUUGAAAAGAAUAAAAAAAAAGAAGCUACCGCCCAACAAGAACAAGAACAAGAAAUCCUUGAAAAUAAUCAACUUGAAGAUAAUGAUAUAGAAUCUAGUCAAACAAAUCAAGAAACAGAGUCAACAACAUCAACAACAACAACAACGGAUACAUGUAAAUUUACAAAUAAUUUCUCAAAUUUGGUUGAUGAUCUUAGAGGUGUCAGACAAGAUGUCCCCAUUUCAAUGGCAUUUAUUUUCGUUUUACAUUUGGCAAAUGAACAUAAUUUGGUUUUAGAUCAAAAUGAUAAAAUGGAUUCUAAUUUUAAAAUUAAAGUUCCCAAUGGUAUUAAUAAUAAUAAUAAUGAAGAUAAUAAUAAUAAUAAUAAUUCACAUCAUGAUGAUGAUAAUCAAUCAAUAUCAUCUUUAAUUCAAAAUAAUAAUAAUAAUAACAACAAUUCACAAUCAAAAGAAUCAAUAGAUGAUAAAAAUAAUAGUAUUAAUAGUAGUAGUAGUGAAGAAGAAGAAGAAACAAAGUCCAAACAAAAGAAAAAUACCAAAUCCUCAUCUACAAAGAAAGCACCACCUCCAAAAUCUAAACCAUCUGCUAAAAGAGCACCAGCGAAAAAGAAUAACAAAAUGGAUAUUAGUGAUGACGAUGAAGAGGAUGAAGAUUCAUCUCAAGAUGAUAAUUCAAGUAGUGAAGAAGACUCGGAUUCAGACUCAUCUCAAGAUUUUAGUAAUAGUGAAGAGGAGGAAGAGAAACCAAAAAAGAAAGCCCCACCAUUAAAAUCAAAUUCAAAACCACCACAAGUAAAACCAUUAGCAAACAACAAAAAGAAAUAA